GGAAUAAGAGGGCUCCUGCUCAUGGAAUUUUGCUUUUCUUCCUUCUCCUCCCUUUCUCCAUGAGGGGUUUAAUAAAACCUUAAGAAAUCCGAGCUGAGAAAUUCAAAUAAAUUCCAAUAAAUUUCCAUGGAAUUGGAGGGAAGAAAGUGAAUUCCCUUUAUUUUCCCUUUAUUCACAGGACAAGAAGCAUCAACACCUGGAUUCCCUUUUCCUGGAGCCCAGCACAGGAUGGGAGCAGGUCUCAGGUCUCACCCCAGGAUUAAUCCUGGGUUUGGAGUGCAGUGAGUGAUGGGGAGAAGCUGAUUCUCCAUCAGCUGGGACACUCAGAUCCACGAUUCCCACGGACAAUUGGGCCUGGGAAGUGGGAAAGGUGGAUUUAAGCAAGAGCAGGAAAAUGAAAAUUCACUUUGGAAAAGGUUUUCUCAGCAUCCAAACAUGCUCAUUACUCCAAAUAAAGGGGAUGCCAAAGACAUUCCCGAAUUCCCAUGAAAUCUUGUAGGCUCUGGUGCCUCGGUCCAGACCUGGCUUUGGUCUAGACCAGGCCUUGCUCUAAACCUGUCCUUGCUCCAGACUUGACCUUGGUCCAGACUUGACCUUGAUCCAGACCUGGCCUUGGUCCUAGGCCUGACCUUGCUCUAAACCUGUCCUUACUCCAGACCAGACCUCAGUCCUAGACCUGACCCUGCUCCAGACCUGACCUUUCUCCAAACCUGACCCUGCUCCAGACCUGUCCUUACUCCAGACCUAAACUUGCUCCAGACCUGUCCUUGCCUCAGACCUGACCUUUCUCCAGACCUGGCCUUGCUCUAGACCUGACCCUGCUCCACAUGGAAGAGCAAAUCAAACAAAACAGGAGCUGGGAAGAAAACAGGAGCAGGAAUAAAGCACCAAACAGGCUUUGCUUUGAUUUUUCCAAGACUCUGGAUCAUGCCAUGGAAUAACCCCCCGGAGGUGAGAGAAAAGGCCAGAGUUCAGAUGAUUUCAAGCUCAAAAAUCUGAUUUUCCCAGUCCUUUUUUCUUGCCUGACAACGAGCCCAGCUCUGUGAGGAGCCAGGAGCUGUUCCAUGGAGAUUUAUUGACAUCUCUGUUAAAAGGCCCAAGGGAGGCGAGGAAGCCAAGCGUGGAAUGGGAGCAGAGCUCAGGAAGCUGAGCUGGGAGCGCUCCUGUGGCCCAGAGUUUACUCUUCGUGGCAUUGAAUUUACACAUGAUCAGCACAUUGAAAGCAAAACAUGGAAUUGCAAAAGAAUUCCGUGUGAUAAACUCUGCCCCAAACUGCCUUUGGUGCCCCAGGGGCUGGUCCUGGUGUUCCCAGGGCUUUUAGGAGCAUCUCAGUGAUGGUGAUGCCCCUCUGCACUUCCCUGAGGCAUUUCCUCCUUAAAAUGGUGAAAUUGCACAGAGAAAAGACAUAAAAGCAGUUCCCUUCCAAAAUCCCUCAGAACUGAGCCAAAAUUGAUGGACAAAAAGCCCCAGAAGACACAAAUCCUGCAGGCUGGGGAGGGACAGCUUGGAUUUUCCACGUCCCGGUGGUGUGACAGCCCGAGUCCAGCCCUGUGCAGGGCAGGAUCUCUGCUGGUUUGAUGUUCCAGCCUCUCCCGAGGUCUCUUUGCAUCCCAUGAUGCUUCUCUGCCCCCAAAAGUCGAUCAGUGUUGCCCAAAAUACAUUUUGACCCGGGAGCUGCGGAGCGUUUCCAGUUGGGCGUCGAUAGGAUGGUGGGAAGAGCAGCUUCAUCCCAAGGCAAUCUGGGCUCCCACUCCCACCAGCACCCCUGACUUUCCUCUGCAGCCCCAUCCUCCCUCUGAACAUCUCCUCUGAGAGCUCAAGCUCUCCCGGAGCAGCGGGAACAUGCUGGAAGAUGAGGACGGGAUGAGCGAGAGGGGGCUCAGCAGCUCCAGGAGGAGAUACGAGGAUGAGGAAGAUUACCACUCCAUCUACAUCGGGGUGCCGGUGCCGCGGGGGUUCCGCAGGAAGCGGCGCCGCCGGAGAUCCCCGGGCUCCAGCCGGGACCGGAGCGAGAGCGAGCGGCACUUCGGGCGCCACGACCACUCGGACACCGACGACGGCGGCCACGGCUGCUACGAGAGCGGCAAUGACAACGCCAGCAGGACCAUGUCUCCGGCUGCCGAACGUCUCCGCUACAUCCUGGGGGAGGACGAUGAGCCUCCCAACCCCACCCUCUUCACGGAGAUGGACACCCUGCAGCACGACGGGGAGGAGAUGGAGUGGAAGGAAUCGGCCAGGUGGAUCAAGUUUGAAGAGAAGGUGGAGGAAGGUGGGGAGAGAUGGAGCAAACCCCAUGUGUCCACGUUGUCCUUGCACAGCCUGUUCGAGCUGCGGACGUGUCUCCAGACGGGAACGGUGCUCCUGGACCUCGAUGGCUACUCCUUGCCCCAAAUUAUAGAUGAUGUCAUUGAGAAGCAGAUCGAGGAUGGUCUGCUCAAGCCAGAGCUGAGGGAGAAGAUAAGCUAUGUGCUCCUGAGAAAGCACCGCCACCAAACCAAGAAGCCAAUCCACCGGUCCUUGGCCGACAUCGGGAAAUCCGUCUCCUCCAACACAGCCCGCAGCCCUGUCCGGAGCCCAGCCACCGGAGCCGCCUUCCACCGCUCCACCGAGGACCUGCGGAUGCGGCAGAGCGCGAGCUACGGCCGCCUGCGUCACGCGCAGAGUCGGAGCAUGAACGACAUCUCGGACACGCCAAGCACCGACCAGCUGAAGAACAAGUUCAUCAAGAAGAUUCCCAAGGAUGCAGAGGCCUCCAAUGUUCUGGUGGGAGAAGUGGAGUUCCUGGAGAAGCCCUUUGUGGCUUUCGUGCGGCUCCUCCAGGCAACAAUGCUGGGAGGGGUGACAGAGGUGCCCGUGCCCACCAGAUUCCUCUUUAUCCUCCUCGGUCCCGCGGGAAAAGCCAAAUCCUACAACGAGAUCGGCAGAGCCAUCGCGACUCUCAUGGUGGAUGAUCUCUUCAGUGACGUUGCCUACAAAGCCCGGGACAGAGAAGACCUGAUUGCUGGCAUAGAUGAGUUCCUGGAUGAAGUCAUCGUCCUGCCACCCGGAGAGUGGGACCCCAACAUCAGGAUUGAGCCACCCAAAAAAGUGCCCUCGGCUGAGAAGAGGAAAUCGGUUUUCUCCCUGAACGAGGUGGGGCAGAUGAACGGCACGGCCGGAGGGGCCGGGGCUGGGGGAGGAGGAGGAGGCAGCGAGGACGGGGAGAUGCCUGAAGUUCAUGAAAUCGGGGAAGAGCUCGCGUGGACAGGCAGGUUUUGUGGUGGCCUCUAUUUGGAUAUCAAGAGGAAGCUGCCCUGGUUCCCGAGCGACUUCUACGAAGGUUUUCAUAUCCAGUCCAUCUCUGCCAUCCUGUUCAUCUACCUGGGCUGCAUCACCAACGCCAUCACCUUCGGGGGCCUGCUGGGGGACGCCACGGACAACUACCAGGGUGUCAUGGAGAGCUUCCUGGGCACGGCCAUGGCAGGCUCCAUGUUCUGCCUCUUCGCUGGGCAGCCCCUCAUCAUCCUCAGCAGCACCGGCCCCAUCCUCAUCUUCGAGAAGCUCCUCUUCGACUUCAGCAAAGGCAACGGCAUCGACUACAUGGAAUUCCGCCUCUGGAUUGGGCUGCACUCGGCCCUACAGUGCCUUAUCCUGGUGGCCACGGAUGCCAGCUUCAUUAUAAAGUACAUCACACGCUUCACAGAGGAAGGCUUCUCCACCCUCAUCAGCUUCAUCUUCAUCUACGAUGCCAUCAAGAAGAUGAUCGGGGCCUUCAAGUACUACCCCAUCAACUCCGACUUCAAGCCCGACUACGUGACCAUGUACAAGUGCGAGUGCAUUGCUCCCGACCCAGCCAACGCGACCUUGUUCGAUGCUUCAGCUCCAGUGGCACCGAACACCACUAACGUUUCUCUGUCCAAUGCUAUUAACCUCACAGCUCUGGACUGGACUCAGCUCAGCAAGAAGGAAUGUCUCAAAUACGGUGGCAGCUUAGUGGGAAAAUCCUGCAAGUUUGUGCCCGACUUGGCCCUCAUGUCCUUCAUCCUCUUCUUCGGGACCUACUCCAUGACCUUGACCCUGAAGAAGUUCAAGUUCAGCCGUUAUUUCCCCACCAAGGUCAGGGCUUUCAUUGCUGAUUUUUCCAAUGUCUUCUCCAUCCUGAUUUUCUGUGGAGUGGAUGCCUGUUUUGGACUGGACACCCCCAAACUCCACAUUCCCAAUAUCAUCAAGCCCACCCGUGUGGACCGAGGGUGGUUCGUGUUCCCCUUUGGGAAGAACCCCUGGUGGGUUUACCUGGCCAGUGCCCUCCCUGCCCUCCUGGUCACCAUCCUCAUCUUCAUGGACCAGCAGAUCACGGCCGUCAUCGUCAACAGGAAGGAGCACAAGCUGCGGAAAGCAGCGGGUUACCACCUGGACCUGUUCUGGGUGGGCAUCCUGAUGGCCGUGUGCUCCUUCAUGGGGCUGCCCUGGUACGUGGCCGCCACCGUGAUCUCCAUCGCCCACAUCGACAGCCUGAAGAUGGAGACGGAGACCAGCGCGCCCGGGGAGCAGCCGCAGUUCCUGGGGGUCAGGGAGCAGAGGGUGACCGGGAUCAUCGUCUUCGUGCUCACGGGGAUUUCGGUCUUCCUGGCCCCCAUCCUGAAGUACAUUCCCAUGCCAGUGCUCUACGGUGUCUUCCUGUACAUGGGGGUGGCAUCACUGAACGGCAUCCAGUUUUGGGAUCGGUGCAAGCUCUUCCUCAUGCCGGCCAAGCACCAGCCCGACUACGUGUUCCUGCGGCACGUCCCCCUGCGGCGCAUCCACCUCUUCACCCUGGUGCAGAUCGUCUGCCUGGCCGUGCUCUGGAUCCUCAAAUCCACCGUGGCCGCCAUCAUCUUCCCCGUCAUGAUUUUAGCCCUGAUCCUGGUCAGGAGGCUGCUGGAUUUUGUCUUCUCCCAACACGACCUGGCCUGGAUCGACAACAUCAUCCCUGAGAAGGAGAAGAAGAAAGAGGAUGACAAGAAGAAGAAGAAAAAAGGCAAUAAAGGAGACAGCAGCAGUGACGAGGAGUUCCCACCUCCCUCAUUCAUUAAGAUCCCCAUGGAGCCCCUCCCAGCACAGCCCCGAAAUGGGGGCCCCCAUUGCCUCAGCCGAAAGAGGGCCUCCACCUGGAGCUUUGCGUUCUGAUUCCUCCCCGAAUGGUUCAGACAUGGAUCGCAGGUAAACGGCCCCAAAAGGGGUCCCCCACCCUCUCCCCCAUCCCCGGGGGGGACAUUUUUGGGAUAACUUACCCCUGCUCCCGGCUGGGCAUCACCUUCUCCAGCCAGCUGGCACCACCCCUGAGCACUUCCCAAACAUCCAGGUUCAUUUCCACACCAUCCCUCUGGAUUUGGGGCGGUUUCGUUGCCAAACAGGUUGUUGGGAGCGGGUUUGGAGCCAUAAAAACACUGCUGAGCAACAAUCACAGGGAUUUUUAGGAUAGGGGUGUCUCCAAAUCCUGAAAUUUGGGGUUAUUCUCUGCAGAUAAAAGGCAAAACAUCAGUUUUAAUUAAUUUAUUGGCAGCGGCACCAUGCGGAGUGUUUUCCUGAGGGUCCCUGGGCAGCUUUGGGGUGGAUUUUGCCUCCAAAAUUUCCAGGCAUCCAA